AUGAUUAAUUUCUUCUUGUUUAAAUUCUUCCUUGUAACUUUGGCUUUGGUUGCCGCCGUUAUGGCUGAUGUCUCCGAAUUGUCAUCGGGUUAUGAUUAUCCUGCCCCAGCUCCAUCGGCCCCCGUCAAUACCUAUAUUCCUCCUGUGGCUGCUUCGGAACCCGUUCAAACUUAUAUCCCACCCGUAGCCGCUUCUGCCCCUGAACCCGUCAACACUUAUAUUCCCCCCGUAGCUGCUUCGGAACCUGUUAACACUUAUAUCCCUCCUGUAGCUGCUUCUGCCCCUGAACCAACUGUUGAAGUAAGUCAAGAUGGUUACCGUUACAAGACCCACCGUCGUCGUGUCUACCGUAAACGUGCCUAAGU